CCAGUGUAAUUAACACAUACGCAUAAAAUUCUCUGUCGGCAAUUUGUUUGAUGUUAAGGUGACCAUCCACCAAAAAAAAAAAAAAACCACGAGAAUGCGCGGCCCCCUGCCCCACCCUGUCACUCCCGCUCCCGGCGGAGGGGCCGCCACCCCCGUCUCCGAAACAUUCCAAGAAGUUCAGCGUGGCGGGAAAAAGCGGGGCAGCUAUAACUGCGGCCGCUGUGGCCUCCCUAAGAAAGGGCAUUCUUGUCAUAUACCCAAAAACGCCACCACCACUACUCCCACCGCCACGCCCUCAACUGACUCAGCCGCCUCCUCCGUCGCUAUCCCUUCUCCUCUCUCCACUGUCCGUCCUCCCCCUCCCCCUCCUCAUCGCCAGCAUUUCUCCAACCUCCGGCGAGCUCUCUCCUUCGACGAUGAUAUUGAUGCGAGGGACUCGCAAGACGAGGGAGAGGAUGAGGAAGAGCACCAGGAGGACGAGGAGGAGCUUCUGGAGCUGGAGCCCGAACCGGAUCUUGCCGGGUCCGGGAAGCUGCCGAUGAGCUGUCUGUGGGAGGUGUUGAGGAGGCUCCCGCCUCCUGCACUGUUGUCGGCAGCCAGGGUUUGCAAAGGAUGGAGGGACACGAGUAAGCGGCUUUGGCGGGCGGCGGAGGAGCUGAGGCUUAGGGUUCCAGCUAAGGCCCAAAUUGGAUUCGUGGGAUCGGUGUUGCACAAGUGUCCUGGACUUGUUAGACUCUCACUUAGAAUGGAAAGUGAUGUGGAUGCCACAAUGCUUGCCUGCAUUGCAUUCUCGUGCCCUAAUUUGGAAACCAUGGAGAUCUUUACAUCCGAUACAUCAAUUAAUCGGAUUACGGGGGAUGAGCUGGGUCGUUUUGUUGCUGAUAAAAGAUGUCUUACCAGUAUCAAGAUGGAAGGUUGCUCUAAUCUUGGUGGUCUUGUUCUAUGUUCAACCAGUCUGUCAACCAUUUGGCUUUCAGAUCUCCAAUGUCUCGCUAAGAUUGUAUUCAGUUGUCCUAAUCUGACAGAGAUUUCCUUGAAUUUCUCUCGCCAAGAGAAUGACAGCACUGAUCUAACUACCAUGGUCAGUAGUUUAGGAAGAACCUGCCCGAGGCUAGAAAACAUUCACAUUGCCUCACUUCGACUCUCCCAUACUGUUGUGCUUGCUCUCACUGAUGCGAACUUGAGGGGAUUGCGGAUGCUUUCACUUGUGCUUGGGUCAGAAAUAACUGAUGCAUCAGUUGCAGCAAUUGCUUCAAGCUACUCAAAUCUGGAAUUGCUUGAUCUGAGUGGGUCUGGCAUCAGUGAUAGUGGCAUCGGAAUGAUAUGCAAUGUCUUCCCAGAAACAUUGUCUCGACUUCUUCUUGCUCUUUGUCCAAAUAUUACAUCAAGUGGGAUCCAGUUUGCUGCAGCUCAGUUGCCACUUCUGGAACUAAUGGACUGUGGAAUGAGCAUAUGUGAUCCAAAUUCUAAAGGUUCAUCCAGUUUAGAGAGAAAUGAAGGCGAUUUACAGAAAACAUUAAACAACACUAUGCAUAUUAUUUAUCAGAAGCUAAUUAUCAAGCACAGCCGGUUGAAAAAACUUAGCUUAUGGGGUUGUUCUGGUUUGGAUGCAUUGCAUUUGAAUUGCCCAGAACUUAAUGAUUUGAACCUUAAUUGUUGUAAAAAUUUGCAUCCAGAGAGGUUGCUACUUCAGUGCCCGAAUUUGGAAAGUGUGCAUGCAACUGGCUGCCAAGAUAUGCUGGUUGAUACCAUACAGAGUCAAAUGUGCAGUGAUUAUACAGCUGUAGAUAGUCUUGUACCCUGCAAACGCUUACCUGAUGGCUCAAAAAGGGUUCAAGCACCACAUUUUAGCCCGAAGCCAUCCGGGGAUGAGAAAAUUUGGAAGAGGGCCUCAAAACGUCACUGUACUGUGUUUCUGAACUCAUGAGUACUUCAACUGGGAAUUGUUUAAACUCAAGACUGGUAUCAUUCUUGUUUUGUUGUCAAAUUAAGAUGGCAUGUUGGCCAAGCGUCCAAACGAUCUGUAACUGGGCUCGUACAGGCGCUAGAGGCCAAUGCUUUGCUGUAAUUUUUUCUCAUUAAAACAAGUUGAAUUGUUGGAUCUCAAAAAUGUUAGGGAAAGGUACAGUUAUGGACACUAUUGCAGGUUAUUCCUGCCCAUU